AAGCCCGAUGUCCUUGGAGAGGAGGGAAAAUAGUUACAAUGGAGAAAGGGAAUUAAAAAAAAAAAAAUCUAUGAGGAAGGAAGCAGCAAAUGUUAAAUGGGUGAGUCACGGUACGGGAUGACUAAUCCCGUCAGGGCACAGCUCGUGCCGCGCAGGGAAUCGGUGCCGCGCGGGGAGCGCAGAACGGCUGCGGGACCCGGCGGGCAGCGGGGGCCGGGCCUCGCUCCGCUCCGCGCAGCAAGAACCGGGCAGGGAGCGAGGGAGGGCCGGUCCCGGCCGGGCUCCGCGGCCGAGGCCACCCCGCGGCCGGUGCCCGCGGACCGGCGGCGGUGACCUACUUUCCGCCGGCUCCUCCCGGCGCACGGCACCGCCGCUCCCCGCGCCACCUGCCCGGCCCCGCGCCCAAGGAGGUGCGCGCCGCUCCCGGCCGCUCCCCCCGGGCCGCUCCCCCGGGCGCUCCGCCCCGCGCUCUCCCCGCCGCGGGUGCCGGUGCGGCGGGUGCCGGUGCCGGUGUCGGCGGGGCGGGGGAGCAGCGCGCCUGUGCAGUGCCGGGGGGCCGGGCCCAGCCCGCCGCGUUACACAACCGGCCGCCGCGACAGGCGAGUUUCACAAGUCCCGCCGCGGCCGCCCCGCAGCCCGCGCCCACCCUGCGCACACCCCCGCGCCGCGCACCGCCCGCACUGCCCCCGCCCUGCCCGCGCCCAUGCCAUGUCACCGCCGGGCUGCGGGACCCCGCGGCCAGCGGUAACUCCUGCCGCCGAGGGGGCACCGCGCCGGGGCUGGGCAUGGCACUGAGAGCGGCUCCGGGACGCGCAUCCUCCUAGACGGAUUAAUUUUUCUCCGUCUCUAUUUACAUGGUGAUAAGAAGUGCUAAUCCCACUCUGUCAGUCUGGACUGAUGAAUCUGAGGAAUAGAACAGAGCCCUGUGUUGUGUAAACGAACUGAUGGAUGAAGAUGAGAAGGACAGGGCAAAGAGGGCAUCACGCAACAAAUCUGAAAAGAAGAGGAGAGACCAGUUCAAUGUCCUCAUUAAAGAGCUUUGCACGAUGCUGCAGGGCCAUGGCCACCCUCUCAAGAUGGACAAGUCCACAAUACUGCAGAGGACCAUCGACUUCCUACAGAAGCAGAAAGAAAUCACAGCACAGACAGAAGCCUGUGAGAUUAGACAAGACUGGAAGCCUUCAUUUCUUAGCAACGAGGAGUUCACCCAGUUGAUGUUAGAGGCACUGGAUGGCUUUCUCAUUGCUCUUACCACUGAUGGGAUUAUUAUUUAUGUAUCUGAUAGUGUUUCGUCUCUGCUCGGACACUUACCGUCAGAUUUGGUGGACCAAAAUAUAUUAAACUUUCUGCCUGAGCGGGAACAGAGCGAAGUGUACAAGCUCCUUUCUCCACAUGUGCUCAUGACAGAUCCUGUUGCAGCUGAUUUUCUAAAUGCAGAAAAACAAAUAGAGUUUUGCUGCCAUUUAGCAAGAGGCAGUUUAGAUCCAAAUGAACCCCUGAUGUAUGAAUAUGUGAAAUUUGUAGUGGAUUUUAAAUAUUUUACUCAUGUGCCUACACCCUCCUGUAAUGGCUUUGAGUCAGCUAUUGCACGAGCUUUCAGGUCAGCCACGGAGGAGCAGAUUUGCCUCGUAGCGACUGUUCGUCUUGUCACACCGCAGUUCUUAAAGGAGCUCUGCAAUGUUGAAGAGCCAUGUGAAGAAUUCACGUCAAGGCAUAGUUUAGAAUGGAAGUUUUUAUUCUUGGACCACAGGGCUCCACCUAUUAUAGGAUACUUACCCUUUGAGGUUCUGGGAACGUCAGGGUAUGAUUACUACCACGCAGAUGACCUGGAGCUUCUUGCUAGGUGCCAUGAACACUUGAUGCAGUUUGGAAAAGGAAAGUCCUGUUACUAUCGAUUCCUGACCAAAGGCCAGCAGUGGAUAUGGCUGCAGACACACUACUACAUCACCUACCACCAGUGGAAUUCCAAGCCCGAGUUCAUCGUUUGCACUCACCUGGUAGUUAGUUAUGCAGAAGUUCGGGCUGAGAGAAGGCGAGAUCUUGGCCUUGAAGAGUCAUCAAUUGAACUGGCAUCCUCUUCUCUAAAGAGCCACAGCAGCUACCUGGACGUGGGGCAGUGCGGCAGCAGCCAGGACGCCAGCCGGGAGGGAGUGUCACUGUCAUCCCACAGCUCCCGGCGCUCCUCGCACACCGCCCUCUCCGACUCCACGUCCACGUCAUCCAUGCGGCGCACGGACACCAGCACUCCCACCCGGCCGUCAGUGCCCGGGGGUCAGGCAGAGAAGGCAGCCCUGCGGCUGGCAUCAGUCGGAAGCGCUCAGGCCAUAGCCACUCCUCAAGCCCCUGGUGAACACCUCCCUCAGCACCCUGUGGCUCAGCUGGCAGUCCCCUCCCAGCACCCUGUGAUGCCCGUGUACCACUUCCCCACCCAGCUGGGGAUGAUGCAUCAGCUGAAAGAGCAGCUGGAGGAGAGGACUCGCAUACUGCAAGCUGACAUCAAGACUCAGCAAGAAGAACUCCACGUCAUCAAGGAGCAGCUCCAGUUAGUGCAGGACUCCAACCUGCAGAUGCUGAUGCAGCAGCCAAUCCCCGUCGUCUUUAACAACGUGCAGCACCCAAGCCCCAGGAGGCCACCGCCCCAGGGGACACCCAGGCAGAGCACAGCCAAGAAGUCACAACAGCCAGGCCUCGUGGGGACGAAGCACUACUGCAGCACCCACCUGCCCUCACCGCGCCAGUUCCUCAGGGACCCCCACAGCACGGCCACCCAGGUACAGCAGCAGCAGCAGCACCUAAUGAGAGGAAGCCAAGGCCAGCAAGCGUGUCUGCCAGGGCAGGCAAGCAUUUCAGUGCCCCUCUACAACAACCCCAUGGUGUUCUCACAAACACACCCCAUUGCAGUGGCUGCACAGAUGCCGCCUGACAGCAGCGAGAGGCAACCACAGUCUGAGUACAGCCAGGACAGGAGCCUCAGGAUGCUGUUGGAUCAAUCCAUCCAAGCCAUGAUGCCUGCAGCCAACAGCAGUGGCCAGGCUGUACAGAGCAGUGCCAGCAGGCAGCAAGGAAAAUUCGUUGUGGAGCAGCAGACCCUGCCUCCCCCAGUACAGGUACAGCCAGUCACCUGUAGCACCGUCCGACCUCCAGCCCCAUCGCCCAUUUUCUCCCCAUCUCUGAUGAUCCCACACACCAGCUUCACAUCCCACCAGGCCAACACACCGGUUCAUCUCCACCAGUGGCCACAGCAACAGGCUGCACAGCACCGUCUCUACCUUCAGAUGCAAGGUCCUGAGCUGGUGCCUGGGGGUCCAACGCAGCGCAUCUUCCAGCCACCCCACGCUCCACAGCAGAACCCCCUGAGCUACUUCCUCCACCCACAGCAGCAGAGCCACCACGCGCAGGGCCAGCCCUGCAACCUGCCUGACCUGCCCGAGAUGCAGCUGCCCUGAAUGUUGGCUCUGGGAGGCAGGGACCACGUGGCUGCAGCUGCUCAGCACCCCGGGCGCACGCAGGGGAGAGCGCGGUGCCGUCGGAGCACGGGACGGGUGAGGUCGGGCGCUGUGGGAAGGUGGUGGCUGGAGGAACAGUCCCCAGUGGGGAUGGAUGGCUCCAGGAGCACCCUAUCCAUUGGGAUUUCCAUGCAGCCAGUCCAUAAUGCUGCUCUGGCAGCUGUUUGUGCCCUGGCCUAGCACCGUGGUGCAAUUGGAGGCAGUGGCUUUCUGGCUGCAGGGAGGUCAGUUAUCAGGUCGCCUCGAAGCUUGGUUUGCAAUGGAGAAAACCCUUUUCCAUUCAGGACUUCAGUGCUGAAAGUCACUGUGAAUUUAAGCCCAGCAUUUGAAGCACAUAGACAGACUGUACUGGUCCACAGGACGCCGUUGGAUUACCGUGUACAUAACUCGUUUUGCUGUAGUAGGUCCAUUGUGGAUUUUUUGUCCCCUUUUUUCUAUACCUCAGUCCCACAGUUUUUUGUUUUCCAGGAGAUUGGAUAAUGCUGCUAAUUUACAUAACACCACUUUUGCCUGAAUUUCUUACUGUUAUACCAGCUCACAUCACAGCUAGUACAAUAUUUGUCAUGUUUUAUUUUUGGUUAACAAGUGCAUAGAAAUUUAUAGGGUUUUUACUCCCUGUAGCCGAAUAUUUUUCAGGUUACAGACAAAGAAUCCUUACUCCUUCUUUUUCUGUUGUUUUUGUUUCAUUUAGAGUGACGUAGUUGUGUAUGUUUCUAUACAUAAAAACAAACAAACAUGCAUAGACUGGCAUAUGACAGCAAACUUUCUGGUUUUGCUAGGUCAUGUUUCAAUUUGGCACACCCAAAAUGUAUGAUCACAACACAAGCGAUGUUACAAGCCCAUAGGGUCAGCAAUAAAUUGUAUUUUUGUAAAUUGUCACUUUUUAACUAUAAGUUUAUAUUUAUGAAUUGAAAAACAAGUUUAUUCCUCAGUGGGUGUAUAGUUAAGUGUCCCUACUGUUUGUGUCUUUCCAAAGGAAAAAUGAAAAUGUACAUUUUUGAGGCGUUAGUAGCUGAGUACUACCUAUGGGCACUGUUAGAGGCCAAAGGCAGGAGAUGGGUUAGGCCAUUACUUUGCAAAAUAAUGAUUAGUUAGGACCAAGUCCAUCUAGCAGUAAAGGUCCACCUGACAGUCAGAGCAAAGUUUAGGGAGGGGUUAGUUUGUAAUGUCAAAACCAAGCAAACCGUGCUUUUUUUUUUUGCCUUUUUUUUGGCAUUUGUUUCCUUUUUUAUCUUGUGCAAGCUGCUUGCUUGGCUCUUUGUAGCACUGCAGCAGGUGGACACUGUUACUGGUGUUACUGGUGGAGCAGCCUUUGGCACAAGCAGCCCUGUGUUUCAAGAAAAAGGGGAAAGUGGGAACGUGUCAAAGCAAUAGCUACAGCUAAUGGUACCUUGAGCUCUCCAAUGCCAUAAGCACAGAUCUGUCUGUAGCUCUAUCUAUGUAGCUGUAGCUGUAUGUCCAUAGCUGGCUCACUUGCCCCCAGAAGCCACACAUUUUCUGUGCUGCAGCACUGGGAGGAUUUCGUUAACUUUGGGCCCAGGCUGAGCUUGGGGGGCAGAAGAACAGGACUGUUUCAGCGUGGGUGAACAAGGCUAUGGCAGCCAGAGUCUCCUGGAGAACUCAGGAGUGAAACAGAAGUGUGACAGCUCUGCCUCAGACAGGAUUUUGGCUGCAGCCUCCCUGCUGCCUGGUGGGGUCCAGCAGGGCUCCCCCAGCCCCUGUACACCAGAGGCUGUUCCCCAGCAAUUUUUCUCGGGAAGGGAGUGUGUUUUUUCUGUGCCACAUUGCCUGGGGUGAUGAUGGUGGGAGGACAGGCUGCUGGAGCAGGAGCCAGCCAGGAGCUUUCAGGGGGCCAGUGCAAGGCACUAACCAGGGUUGUGCCUUGUCAGCUCAGUCCCUGGCUGGGUCCCAGCCCAGCCAGAACAUGCAUCCCUGGACAAUGGGCAGCAGAGCAGCUGCUCUCAGACACAGCCUGAACCAGCCCCUUCAUUUCAAACCACAACAAGAAAUUCUGGCUACAGCAGAGCCAUGGGCCAGAGCCACGGCACUGCUGGUAGUGGGAUGUGAAGCACCUGCCUUUGCAGAACAACCUGGAGCUGAAAUAAUAACACGUCAUCCCUUGGCUCUUAGAGCCCAAGCCCUGGAGAGAGCAGGGGGGAUUUCCUGCCCUGGCAUUUGUGCUGCAACAAGGGCCAGCACAGAGCCCUUGGGGUAGAUAACUUUAUUUUUUUUUUUCAAAGCACUAUGACUUUUAGGGUCUCCCUCUCCUCAAGACAGCGGGAUUGCUCAUGAGGCUGUGGCAGGAGGGCGUUGUAUUUUUGGGAGUUGUUUGGGGGUUUUUCCCACCAUAGCCUUGGAACAUAAUCUCAGAGGGGAGGCAAACAUACAUUUGUGUUAGGGGUCCACCACUGUACAGUUUGUGGCUCAGGGUGGCUUGCAGGAGGGAAAGGUCGAGCAUCUUCCUGGCUUGCCCGUUAAACCUGCAUCAUCCCAGUCCCCCACCAUGGCUGGUGUGCAGUGUCCCAACACUACACAUGAGCCACCUAUGGCAGGUGCCAAUCUCAGAGGUGGUGAUGGCUGGGGUCAAGGGCUUGGGGAGUGUAUUUUUUUAACAGUGCUUGGUAGGGAGGCAGCUGAGGCAGAGCAUUUUCCAGCACUGCUGUGGCUUUGACAGCGAGUGAAAGAAGAGGGUUGGGAAGGGGUUUGGGGGAGGUGGGGGGUGGUGGGUGUGCCGGAUGGGGCCGUGCCAUGGGCACAGCCCUUCUGAUGGCAGGGAGAGCUGGGGGGGCACUGUGCCCCUGCUUGCAGCCUCUCAGCGAGGAGCACAGGAGCUUUGUGAGGAUGUUUACAUGUUAGAUCAGCCUUGCUGAAACAAGAGACCUAAAAACGCACUUUAUCAUGUGCCCCCCUUUAUUCCCAGUGCCCACCCCAGCCACUGGCCUCGCUGCUGGUGGGCAGGGGGGGCUGCACAGUCCCAGGCACUGCCUCACAGGUAGGGCCUUGUUUUCCAGACAUGCUCCAAAGGACAAAAUCCCACCAUCCCUUUCUGGGGCUUGCUCGGUCCCUGCUCAGUCUGCCUCCAGCUGAGGGAGGGAAGGCUGAGUCAGGGCCAUGGGGUUUUUGCCUUAUAUUGUCACUCACUCUCAAAAAAUAUAUGGAUAAAUAAAUCUCUUUAUUCAGGUUGAUUUGUAUUUGUUUACCUCGGUAUUAGCUAUGACCUGUGUUUUUAGGACUCAUUUGGAAUUGAGGGUUGCUGGUGGGUUUGGUUCACACACCCCCAGCUGCAACAAGAGAGCACAAGUGUGACUUGUUGGUGACAAGCAGAGGGCAGGAAAGUGACAGAUGGCACCUGCAGCGGGGUCGGGCUCCAGUGUCGGUGUCAACCUAUCAGUCAUUAAUGUUCUGAGGUUUUCUAGUACACAAGUACCUAUAUACUAUAUCUCUCUCUAUAUAGAUAUAUGUAUUUUUAAUAUGCAUAUAUAUGUAUGCACACAUAUAUCUAUAUAUAAAUAUAUAUAGGCCACACAAUUCCAGACCUCUGAAAACACAGGCAGCUUUAAUUAAUAAAGUCUUGCACUUUUAGCAUAUUUGUACAUAUAAGCUAAAGCCUGGUGGGUAUAAUCAGGCUGGUUUGACAAACACAAUGAAAAGUUACUGUACAUAUUGUAUAUAUUCCAUGCAAAAAAAAAAGAAAAAAGAAUAUAAGAAAAAGUCUAGAAUUGAGUAUAAAUCUUGGUUUAUUUUAUAUGAUGUUAAAUAUAAAUAAAUUUAUAAAUGUUACUAUUCUUAAAAGUAUUUUGUAAUGGGAAAAAGAAAGUGUCUUAUGAAGAUGAACAGUAAAGAUUUUAUUCUUGUUUUGAAUCUAUGUCCCUGCAUAGCUCCACUGAAUGGGAGCCUGUGCAUUUUGACAAGCUUUAAACAGAUUGUACAUAGUAUUUAAAAAAAAAAAAAAAGAUAAGAAGAAAUAAAUUAAUACAAAUAAUACUUGUAAGGCCUCUUACACACUAUGUGUUGUUGUUAUUCCCUGGGUGGCGUGGGUCCAUUGGGGAUCAGAAUCUGAUCCCUGCUCUCCAGGAAGAACAAGAGCAGCAGCGUCACAGAUUCAUGUGCACAAACUGCUGAAGGGAUGGGGCUCAGGAGGGAGACUGGGAUUUCCAUGACCAGUGCCAGAAGCAAUAGGGGGAAUGCAUCAGUUAGAAAGAACAAGGCAUCAGGGUCAGUGUGGACACAUCUGCACACUGUAAAUGUUUCAUCUGGAUGCAAAAAGCGAGUGGCAGUACUGGUCUCGCUCACUCACCAUCUCAGCACUGAACUCAGCUCAGGCUGUAACAAAGCUUAAUUAGUCCCACACCUCAGAAGCUGGGUCUCCAUUUUUCCUCUAUUGCUGGGAGGCUGGCAUCCCAGCUUGGGUUUUGCCUUAGUCCUUGUUUUGGAAAGCACUGACUAAGUGUGGCUUUAACAUGGCAAACGCUCUUGAAGGAACUUCUGCAACAGACCAUCACAAGAAAUAAUACUGCCUCAAACACAGAUUUGUUUCUUUUUAAAGUGAAACAAUACUUUAUUUAACACCUCAUUUGUCUUACAGUACUUCUUCAUACAAUACAUUGUAUAAAAGCCAAUCUGUCAACACAAAUGUGUUGCCUUCUUGGUAAAGUGACAAGGCUAUAGCAAAAAAGACAAAAUAGCCUAUUUUUCUGGAAACAAAUUGGAAUAUUUUCUUCUGCUUUAGUCCAGAUAACAACUGAAACCGCAAUCAAGAACCUUGUAUGGUACAACUGAAUGAGAAACUUCUAGUAAAAUCAACACACAGAUAUUUCUUAGUCACUAUGGUAGCAAACUCUUCUAAAAUUACAUUAUUAUCCAGCCAUGAGAGUGAUGAACAAGUGGCUUUGUUUAGGAAUGGAUGGAAACAGAGUGGGGUUUUUUUUAUCACAUUUCCAUGUCCUGGGAAAUGCUACCAGUUGAAUUACCAUCAGUUCUCCCCCAGGGUGAAAAGAGCUGGUAUUUUUAUUAUUUGAGCCAAUCCCUCCCGUCGUGUGCCCAAGCCCUGGGCUCAGUGCACAGUCAGGGCUGCCACCGGUCACCUGGAGCACAGGGAACAGCACCAGGCUCCUGAGCAGCACAUUCCAUAUUGCAAGACCGAGGGAUCAUCACAGCCUGCUGGCCAUCCCCCUGGGCUGACAACUACAUCUGACAGAAGGCAUCUUACGUGCACAGCAACAACAGCAACAGCCCAGCUGCCAGAAAGGACCGUGCAGCCUCCGCUGACAGCCACUGCCAGUGUGUCGGGGUAACCAGGACACAGCUGCCAAGUCACCCUGGUGAUGCAUUUCUCAAACUGUACAAACAGCACCACUGAUUUUAGCAAUCUAUACCCUACCUACAACUGUCUGUUUAGUACUGAAUGAUGCAUCUUCAUUUAUUUCCUAUGUCUGAACCAGAAAAAUAGAAAGACAGAAAACUUCAUAGAAACUUACAGGAAAAAAAGGAGCAGAGAUGAGUGAAGUGACGCAUCAGAACUCACUUAACCACGCUGCUUCCUGUUCGUGAAUGAACUGUUCAAAGUUCAAACACACACAUAAAAAUUUCCAAGUUACAAUUUGAAUGGAAAGUCCCCCCUUGGGAAGUAGCUGAGUAAUACCGUGUCAGAUGCUCUGCAACCACCAGACUCCUGCAUAAUUCCCAGCUACAUGUGGCAGCUGCCCUCCUGCAA